CCCCGCCAUGUGCAUCCCCUGCGGCGACUUUAACCUCGCCGCCGGAUCCGCCUUUGUCAAGUCCCCCGAGCCUUGGCUAAAUCACAAAAAGAUCGCUGUCAUUACAGGUGGUCGAGUAAAUCUGGGCUUCCACCUCGCCCUGAACUUCCUGUCUCGAGGCUUCCGCGUCAUCGUCACCACGCGCUACCCACAAGAUGCGCUCGAGCGCUACCACCGGCAUUUUCUCCUCAAGGCCAACAAGAAUCGCGAUUCCUUUGAUACACUUCGGAAUCUCAGGAUGUUUGGUGCCGAAUUUCGCAUCUCAGUGGACGUAUUUGGAGCGAUACGCAAGAUUAAGGAAUUAAUAUCUCCAGAUGGCGAAUUCUUUGAUGGUUAUCCAUCCAGUAUUUAUUUCCUGAUCAAUAAUGCUGCACAAACUCUGACAGACAGCAUCUCAAAAGAGAGACUUGGUAUAGAGCGCGAGGCGGCAUUGGCACAACAACAGGAGGACCAUUUCAAAAUAUUGGCUGCGCAGCACAAUUACACGCCCCGUGUACGAGGGGGCGCUGUGGAGGCAGUCGAUGGAAGUCCACCGCUUAUGUGUCUAACUGGCGAAAGGCAGAAACGUAAUCUCUCUGCCAUUCAAACAGACAGUGGCCCUUCCUCAUGGGCUCAGCGACUUUCCGACAUCCCCUACGAGGAUUUCAUUUCCGCGCACAGUGUUAAUACAUUCACCCCGUUAAUACUCAUUCGCGAACUAGCUCCGAUAAUGUCUACUGGAGAGGACGGCCUGCAGGGUCAUAUCGUCAACGUCUCCUCACGCGAGGGCAUCUUUGAGGCUCGCCGCGGCAACACGGCCAAGCAAACAUGUCCAAGGCGGGCCUCAACAUGAUCACCGAAACGGAAGCUGAGACUCUGUGGAAAGAGAGAAGGAUUGCCCUCAAUACAGUCGAUCCAGGCUACAUGAGCGCUGCGCCAAAGUGUGAGAAUCUGUUCAAUGGCGAACGGCCUAUUAGUUGGGAGGACGGUGCUGCGAGGCUUCUUUGGCCGAUCUAUCAGAUGGAGGCAAAGUACAAGGAAAAGGACAAGAGCAAGGACUAUAAUCAGUAUUGGGGCCGCUUCUUUAAACACUAUGGUGCUGUGCGAGUCGAGCCCCGAUUUGGACGUGGCUGAGGUGGACAUGAGUAAAGGAAUCUAAGUUCUGCCUCAGAGGCUCAAGUGAGU